AUGCAAGGCCGAGGGGUAAAUCACUGGGACAGUCCGGUGUACAUUCUUUUGGCAGUCCGGGGCAGUCCGGUGGCAGUCCGUGGCAGUCCAGUGACAGUCCGUGGCAGUCCGGUGGCAGUCCGUGGCAGUCCGGUGGCAGUCCGUGGCAGUCCGGUGGCAGUCCGUGGCAGUCCGGUGGCAGUCCGGUGGCAGUCCGGUGGUUCCUCUUUGUCGUUGAAAGGCGACAGGUCAACCACUCCAGAAAACCGCAAAAAACUGAAGCACAGGUACAAACAGAACGACAACCUGCCCAGCCCAGUCGACCAGCUGGGCACGUGGACGGAAACCAUCCCCCUGACCCAAAACACCAAGGAAUCCGUGAUGGGCCCUCUGGAAUCCUUCCUGCGCUCCAUAAACUGCUACCCCGAGCAGGACAACAACAGGAAGAAGGAGGCUGCCAAAAGCAGGCCGAGGUUUCCGCUUUUGCAGCCCACUUCGCCUCCGCCUUUGAGCGAAAGCGUGGACUGCUUGCAGCCUUCGAGUUCGAGCGCUUUCAGCUGGACGCCAUCUUUGUUGGCGCAGCGGCGCAACAAUAAGCCGGCUAGGGGUAAUGAGGGCUCUUUGCCAGAAAGGGAGGAGAACGAUUGUAGUGGUGAUCAGCCUCAUUCUGCUUAGAUGUGGAAAUUAUUGCUAUUUUUCUUUGUGAAAAGUGACUCAGGAAAAGUGGUGCAAUCGUUUUGAUAUUGGAAGAAAUUUUCUUAUUGAAGUUGAUUCAUAAAACGAGCAGUGGAAGUUCGGGAAAGUCUCUUGAAUCAGAAAAUUGUCAAAGUUAUCUCUGAAAAUGUCGGUGGAAGUAAAAAUGAAUGAAUUUCAGAAGGCGAAGACGGAUUUUUGGUACUUUUUAAUUGGAUCUCAGACUAGUCAGUUCAGAUUAAUUCAGUGAGUUUUAGCUUUGCUUCAUAAGCUAUUUCAAUUUGUAUUAUACAUAUAACCUCAAAGGUUGAAGUAAGUAAGAGAUGCGCGUUCUAGUGUUUUGAAGUUUGAAAAUUGUGAACAAAAUAUAUCUGGAAGCAUUAACCGGACUUUUAUGAACAAGAAUUCGAAGUAUAACUUCAAUAACACAGUUAUAUGAAUCGCCACAAGUACUAGAAGAAUUGGUUUUGAUUGUUAUUUGGAUCUCAGACUAAUCAGUUCAGUGAGUUUUCAUCUUUGACUCCAACGAGAUGUCCUACGCUUCAGCUAACCAAGUCAUAGAAUACUAUUACAUUUUCCACUUCUCUAAUUGUGAAGGUAACUUCUGUGAGAAUAGUAUUAUUUCAUUGUUCAUAAGUUAUCUCAAUUUGUAUUAUACAUAUAACCUCAAAGGUUAAAGUAAGUGAGAGAUGCGCGUCCUAGUGUUUUCAAGAUUGAAAAUUGUGAACAAAACUUAUCUAGAAGCAUUAACCGGACUUUGAUGAACAAGAAUUCAAAGUAUCAAAUCAAAAUCGCAGUUUGAUGAAUCUUCACAAGUACAGGCAGAAUUGGUUUUGAUCGUGAUACGAUAUUUUGUAAUAAAUAGUUGGGGAGCAUGAGGAUCAUAUUGAAUCAUUGAAAUUGCCGAUAUUU